UUUCCUCCAGUACUGAUUUUACUUUCACCCUUUGCACCUUGGAAAUAUUUCUGUUUUCCCAGCGGUCAGCGUUCACAGACAUGCUUUCUCUGUCAUUACGGCAAACAUUAAGGCCCCUCUUCCUCAGGGUUUCAGGAUGUUUGGGCCGAGAGGGGCAGGUCACAGCGCAGUGGUGCGGGCGAGGCCUCAGCAGUGCCAGCGGGUGGACGGGACAGGACAGCCUGGCACGGGACGACCCAGAGAUGUGGAGCCUCCUCCAGCAGGAGAAGGACAGGCAGUGUCGGGGACUGGAGCUCAUCGCAUCAGAGAACUUCUGCAGCCGUGCAGCGCUCGAGGCCCAGGGCUCCUGUCUGAACAACAAAUACUCUGAGGGAUACCCAGGACAAAGGUACUAUGGAGGUGCAGAGAUCGUAGACAAGAUUGAGCUGCUGUGUCAGAAGAGAGCGCUUAAUGUCUUUGGUCUUGACCCAAAUCUGUGGGGCAUCAAUGUCCAGCCGUACUCCGGAUCACCCGCUAACUUUGCAGCCUACACAUCUGUACUGCAGCCUCAUGACCGCAUCAUGGGCCUGGAUCUGCCUGACGGAGGACACCUCACCCACGGCUACAUGACAGACACCAAGAGAAUCUCAGCCACCUCCAUCUACUUUGAAUCCAUGCCUUACAAGCUGGAUCCCAAAACAGGUCUGAUAGAUUAUGAGCAGCUGGAGAAGACGGCUCGACUCUUCAGACCCAGACUCAUCAUAGCGGGAACCAGCGCCUACGCUCGCCUCAUCGACUACUCUCGCAUGAAGAAGCUGUGUGUGGAGCUUAAUGCCUACCUGCUGGCAGACAUGGCUCAUAUCAGCGGCCUGGUGGCAGCAGGAGCUGUGCCCUCUCCUUUUCAGCACGCUGACCUGGUCACCUCCACUACCCAUAAAUCCCUUCGUGGAACAAGGGCCGGUCUGAUCUUCUACCGGAAAGGAGUGCGGUCCGUGGAUAAGAAAGGUCGGGAGGUGACCUAUGACCUCCAGGACAGGGUGAACUUUGCCGUGUUCCCAUCACUUCAGGGAGGACCUCAUAACCACGCCAUUGCAGGGGUGGCCGUCACCCUAAAACAGGCUUCCACUCCCAUGUUCAAACAGUACAUUGCUCAAGUGCUGCUGAAUGCCAAGUCCAUGGCUAAUGCGCUGCUGAAGAAAGGCUACACCAUGGUGUCAGGUGGAACGGACAACCACUUGGUGUUGGUUGACCUUCGACCUCGCGGGAUGGAUGGGGCUCGAGCUGAGAGGGUCCUGGAGCUGGUGUCCAUCACCGCCAACAAGAACACCUGCCCCGGAGACAAGAGCGCUCUCACUCCAGGAGGACUCAGGCUCGGAACUCCGGCUCUCACCUCCAGACAGUUCAAGGAGGCAGACUUCGUAAAGGUUGUGGAGUUUAUUGAUGAAGGGAUUCAGAUCGCAACAGAUGUGAAGAAGAAGACUGGAAAUCUGGCCAGCUUCAAGUCCUUCUUACUGGAGGACCAAGAGACAGUGUUGCGCAUCGCAGAUCUCCGCCAGCGGGUGGAGCUAUUCGCCAGGCCCUUCCCUAUGCCCGGAUUCACUGACCACUAAUUACGCCACACACAGAAAGACUGUGGACAUUUCCUUUAUUACUCAUCUAAUGUAAUAGUCUAAGAUAUUUUUGAUGAUGUUGCCAUGGAACCAAGCAUUGUUUCAAAACACUGUCAGGUUUAGUGUGCAGCAUCAGCACUCUUUUCUCAUUUCCAUAUCAACAAUAUAUAUCUGCCAAAUGACAUGUAAAUAUAAUAUGAUUUAUAAAAGCCUGAUGAAUAAAAAGUCACAUAAUACACAUUUCCAAAUAAUGCAGAUACAAUGUAACUGUUUAUUAAUGUAUUUGUCAUCAACUAUAACUUGUGAGGCAUCCAUAAGUGGAGGCUGCUGUAUGAACAGAUAAUGAAUGAUGAUAAAAUACAGUUGUAAUGAUGUA